AAGGCAUAUGAAUGUACUGAAUGUGAGAUGAAAUUUGAUAGAAAAUGGAAUUUAGAUAUUCACAUGAGGUCUCAUACUGGUGAGAAACCGUUUGAAUGCAAUAUUUGCGGAAAACUAUUCUCCCAGUCUGGAAAUUUACUACUUCACAAAAGAACACAUUCUGAAGAAAGACCAUUCAAAUGCAACUACAAAGACUGUACAUACACUGCAAAAAGGAAAGGUACUUUGAUACAACAUGUCAAUCGAAUACAUCUAAAAAUUACACCAAAACCAAAAAAACCGGUGAAAGAAAAUAGAGUUCAUAAAUGUCAUAAAUGCGGUAAAAGUUUUCGAUUUUUAUCCACUUUAAGAACACAUCUAACAUCUCAUGAGGAAAAUCGACCGUUUUCAUGUUAUAUUUGUAGGAAAACUUUCAAAUAUAAAUUUGACUUAAAUAAACACAUGAAGAAAGUACAUCCACAAAAACAAACCGAAUCUUUCUCCAAAAAAGACACAGAACAGGGCCAAGAAGUGAAACCAGAUGUUUUUCAGACACCAUCAACAAGUUCACAAGGAAUUUUUUCUGAAGCCAUUUGUUCAAUUCAAUAUGAACAAGAGGCUUCAGAAGAGAGUAUUUUCACAUCCAUAGAAGCUGAAGAAUUUCUUAAAGAUUUUAACAUCAAUUUAGAAAUUAUGAAAAAAGAUGUGCACUUGAGAAGUCAUACUGGUGAGAAACCGUUUUCAUGCGAUAUUUGCGGUAAAAAAUUCUCCCAUGAAAAAGACACAGAACAGGGCCAAGAAGUGAAACCAGAUGUUUUUCAGACACCAUCAACAAGUUCACAAGGAAUUUUUUCUGAAGCCAUUUGUUCAAUUGAAUAUGAACAAAUGGCUUCAGAAAAAAUUAUUUUCACACCAGGAGAAGCUGAAGAAUUUCUUAAAGAUUUUAACAUCGAUUUAGAAAUUAUGAAGUUUGAAACGUCCUCACAACCGGAAUUAUUCUCAGAGAUAGAAACUGAUGAAGAUAAAUUCGAAUGUCAACUUUGCGGACAACAACUGUUUGACCAAAAAAAGAAAUAUGAAUGCACUGAAUGUAAAAAAAUAUUUCUACACAAAUCGAUCUUAGAUGUGCACUUGAGAAGUCAUACUGGUGAGAAACCGUUUUCAUGCGAUAUUUGCGGUAAAAAAUUCUCCCAGUCUGGAAAUUUAACGAUGCACAAAAAAUUACAUUCAGAAGAACGACCAUUCAAAUGCAACUACACAAACUGUGGAUACGCCGCGAAAAGAAAUGUCAGUCCUGACAAAGCACUAAAGAGGUGCCGACCCUCUGGUCACACUGGUGUUAGCAGUCUAGGAUUUUCAGCCCAUAUUAGAGUGGUGUUAGAGCAAGAUAAAUUUCAAAAUAACCCUAAAGAAAUUGGAAUAGGAUGGAUGCUAGAAGAGAAGGACGUGUGCGAGAAGAGAUGGCAGGAGGUUGCUGAAGGCCUCAAGGGCAACAAUUUCUUCGAAUUGCUAGAUGAAACAGCUAAGUUAACCAAUUGGGGAAAGGCGCAAUGUUUAGGAGUUGCCAAAUUAAAAUUGAUGCGGAUAGCUAGAGAUUUUUCUUGGAAUGAUGCGAAUAUGAAAAAAGUCGAACGUUAUGAUGAGUUUAACUGCUUCCGGUUUUUGAUUUCGACAAACACGCACAGAAAAGACACAGAACAUGGCCAAAACGUUCAAUCAGAUUUUUUACAGACACCAUCAAAAAGUUCUGAAGCAACAGGAUCAAUUGAAUCUGAACAAGUGGCAUCAGAAGAGAGUAUCUUCACAGCAAGGAAAGCUGAAGAUUUUCUUAAAGAUUUUAACAUCGAUUUAGAAAUUACAAAGCUUGAUACAUCCUCACAACUGGAAUUAUUCUCAGAGAUGGAAACCGAUAAAGAUAAAUUUGAAUGUCAACAUUGUGUACAACAAUUUUCUAACGAUGAGAAAAAGAUACAUGAAUGCAUUGAAUGUAAACAAAUAUUUCAAAGUAAAUUGCACUUAGAUGUCCACCUGAGAAGCCAUACUGGUGAGAAACCGUUUCCAUGCGAUAUCUGCGGUAAAAACUUUUCCCAGUCUGGAAAUUUAACAAUUCACAAAAGAACACAUUCAAAAGAACGACCUUUCAAAUGCAGCUGCGGAUACGCUACAACAAGGAAAUUUCAUCUGUUAUCACAUGUCAAACGAUUACAUCCAAAUGCAAUCGCUUCUGAUAUUAUUACUAUUCCCCGGAAAGAAUCGAAAGAUCAUAAAUGUAAUAAAUGCGGUAGAAGUUUUCCAUGGUUAUCCACUUUAACAAAACAUCUAAUAUCUCAUGAGAAAAGUCGACCGUUUUCAUGCGAUAUUUGUAAGAAAACGUACAAACAUAAAAAUGACUUAAAAACACACAUGAAAAUAGCACAUCCACAAGAACAAACCGCUUGUUCUUCCAAGAAAGACACAGAACAUGGCCAAGAAAUGCAAUCAGAUUUUUUUCAGACACCAUCAAAAAGUUCUGAAGCAACAGGAUCAAUUGAAUCUGAACAAGUGGCAUCAGAAGAGAGUAUCUUCACAGCAAGGAAAGCUGAAGAAUUUCUUAAAGAUUUUAACAUCGAUUUAGAAAUUACAAAGCUUGAGACAUCCUCACAACUGGAUUUAUUCUCAGAGAUGGAAACCGAUGAAGAUAAAUUCGAAUGUCAACAUUGUGUACAACAAUUUUCUGACGAAAUUUCUUUAAAGGAACACGAGAAACAAUUCCACUAAUCGAAUUAACUCUGGACAUUUAACUUUGAAACAACAUAAGUUAAAAAAGUCCUAAAAAAUUAUUAACAUUGAUGUGAGACUAAUGAACAUUAUACAUUAGUAAAACAAUAUUAGUUACAGCACAGUUAAAUGAAAUAGCAUUAGAAAAUUUUCGUAUAAAUUAAUUUAUUGUAGAAAUUAUUUCAUAAAAUACUGUACAUUUGCAGAACGAUACUUUUGUUACGAAACAAAAUUUAAAAAUUUAUAAUUUGAAAUUAAGUAAUAGCUUUAAUUGAAUAAAUUUACG